UGUAGUCAUAGCUUGAAACACGUUGGUGCUUUACACAUACAAAGUCUCGUAAUGCAUGUGUCGGAUGGGAUCACAGUGCAGUCGUGUGCGAACAUUGAUAUAAGUGGGGAGUAACAUCGUGGUUAUCUGCAUCGUGCUUUUCGUCUGUUUCAAGAGGGUAUAACGCGCUUUGUUAUCUGGACAAAGUUCAGGCCCUGACUGAGCUAUUGUCAGUCACAGUGGAGACAGUGGUCUGUGUGGCAGUAACGCUUGUCGUGUUGUAACCGAUUACACAGCACAGACACGUCGAGCGAGGGACGUCGUGAACAUCACAUUCUGCACUAUAGGAUUCAGAGAUAUCAUCUGCACUGACGAUGUUUCGGCCACGAAAUCUGCCGAACGGCGACGUCCCGGGGCAAGGGAUAGACAACGCAUCAUAUGCAGACAGCAUGGACGACAUGGACGACAUGGACGACGGUGUCAGUUAUGCAGACAAUGUUGAGUCUGAUCGUGAGGAACAGGAACCGGAGGGGUUUAUCAACCGAAGUGACCUCGACAACGGCCUCGGCUACGACACCGAGGGGAAUAAUGCCAGACCUAAAAGUAACUGGGACGUUUUCCAGAUAGUGCAACGUAUGAGGGGACAGGUGCGUACUCUCCGCUUCUGGAACCGCGUGCACGUGGGAGUCCGACUCACAUUUUGUAUCAUUCUAUUCCUCCUUGUCCUGGGUACGGCAACAUUCACCAAGCUCUGCUUUCUCCUCAUUGCCUACAACAUCAACAACCACAAAGCCAGGGAAGCCUCCCUGUCGGAUACAGCACAGGAGGUGACGGUCACAGUACCAUGGAUUUGGUCUAUGCUGAUCCUCAUCACAGCGCCUUACAUCUUCACCAUUUUGAGAAAUACGUUCCGAGUCAUCUUCAAGAAGCAACGGAAACUGCAAAUCAUUCCCUUCCUCGUGGUCAUGCUGUUUGAAACGUUGCAUUCCAUCGGGCUAUGCAUAUUCGUGUUCAUGGUAGCUCCCAACUUCGAUCCCGUCCUGGUCCUGAUGCUGUGUCAAGGAGUGGGACUUGUGCCUGCAUUCAAUAAAAUAUUUUGGACUCGAAAAGAUGACACAGAUGACAAAGAGGACAAAGCUAACACCCACGAAGAAUUUGCUUCGCCGUUUUGGAGGUCAGUAUCUGUAAUAACCUUCUUACUUCAAGGAGGGUUCAUAGGUGUGGCUACGUGGAAGUGUUAUAGGGAAACAGCCAGACCUUCCGUCACUGUAAUCCUGCUGCCAUUAUCCCUUGUUCUGAUUUCCUUGAGAUGGUGGGACAACUUUGUACAGAGAAGGAAGUCUCACAAAUCUUCCUUUAAGGAGAGACUUGCCAAACCAGAGCCACAGUCGACUUUGGCCAAACCAAAGUCGUUUACGGAAUUACUCAAAUCCAUCGACAAAAACAGAGUUAAAAUAGAUUUGUUGGCUUCAUUAUGGAAAUUAGUAUUAACUUGUAUAUGCCCAGUCAUCAUGUUUGGGUCAAGAGGACGAGGUUGUUGGGACACAUUCAUGUUUAAGGCCAAAAAGGAGUCGGAUGCGGUGCGUUCAUUGGCUAUACGAAUCUGA